GAGCCAGAUUCUUCGAUCUGGGACGUGUGAUGGUUCGAUUUCUGAAGCGAGGGAGGAACUUGGAGAAAUCUUCGGAGGAGAAGGAGAUGUUCGACGUUCCGGGAAGGCAAGCUCGAAGCAUGAUCCUUGAGAAUGGAGGAGAUCACGGGGAUGAUAGGUGGAUGUUUAGGAGCCAGGGAACGAGAACGGGGCAGCCAAUUGAAGUUCAAAAGAUUGGUUCGUUGUUCGAUCGAUUGGAGAUCAAAGCUCCCAAGUCUAGGCUCGGGAAGGAGGGUUCCUGUCCUCGGUGCGGAUCCGGCCACUGUGGGCAGCACUCAGAUAUUGAGCAGAUGAAGGAGAAGUUCGCCAAGCUGCUUCUUGGUGAAGACAUGUCAGGAGGUGGAAAAGGGGUUUCAUCAGCUCAGGCUUUAUCUAAUGCCAUCACCAAUCUCGCUGCUUCAAUAUUUGGCGAACAACACAAGUUAGAACCUAUGGCGCCUGAGACAAAGAUUAUGUGGAGAAAAGAAAUUGAAUGGCUUCUGUCUGUCACUGAUUACAUUGUAGAAUUUGUUCCUUCUCAGCAAGUAGGGAAGGAUGGCUGCAACAUGGAGAUCAUGACAACUCAGCAGCGCAGAGAUCUUCUGAUGAACAUUCCUGCAUUGCGAAAGCUCGAUGCUAUGCUUAUUGGUUAUCUUGAUAAUUUUAAAGACUACAAUGAAUUCUGGUAUGUUGAAGGAGAUGCUGAUGGCUCAGAAAAAAAUAAAGUGCAGAGAAAAGAUGGCAAGUGGUGGCUCCCAGCCGUGCAGGUCCCUCCAAAUGGACUAUCCGAGGUCUCUAGAAAAUGGCUGCAAUUCCAGAAAGAAUCUGUGAAUCAAGUUCUCAAGGCAGCCAUGGCAAUCAAUGCUCAGGUUCUUAUGGAAAUGGAGAUUCCUGAAACUUACAUUGAUUCCCUUCCAAAGAAUGGAAGGGCCUGCCUCGGAGAUUCGAUAUACCGCAGCAUUACGGUCGACCACUUUGACGCGGAGGUUUUCCUCUCGUCGCUUGAUUUGUCAAAUGAACACAACGUCCUCGACCUCAAGAACCGAAUUGAGUCCUCUGUAGUGAUUUGGAAGCGAAAGAUGCAUAAUAAGGACCUCAAAUCAUGGGGCUCAGCGAUUAGCUUGGAGAAGAGGGAACAAUUUGAAGAAAGAGCUGAGACCAUCCUUCAACUUCUCAAAAACAGGUUCCCUGGUACCCCUCAGUCAGGCCUAGACGUUAGCAAGAUUCAAUACAACAAGGAUGUGGGACAAUCUGUUCUUGAGAGUUACUCAAGGAUCCUUGAGAGUUUGGCCUAUACUGUAUUGUCAAGAAUUGAGGAUGUUCUCUAUGCCGACCAACUUGCACAGGAUCCCAGCAAGAAGAACUCAAGAAGGAAGCUUUCUCAGUCAGAUUCAGAGCAAUUGUCACAGAAAAAUUUUGAUCCAACGCUAGAGACAGAGAGGCUGAGCUGCAUGGAGCCACAGACCUCCUUCACUCUGUCAGACUACAUGGGUUGGGCUUUAGACCAGGACUCAGAGAGUGAGAAGACAGAACAAGUUAGUCCCAAGGAAAUCUCAGCCUCUGAAGAAUCAAAUUUGAAGAAGUCUCCUAUGACUGCCACUCAUAAGAAAUUUUCUUAUAUAGAGAAGCUUGAGCAUUUGGGAGGCUUGAGAAGUCCAAGAUCCCGCCAUUGAAGGCAUCCACAAAGUAAAAAAAGAAGGAAAUAGUUAUUGAGACAAGAUAGGAUUGACGGAAAUCAUGGGUGAAAUGCUUCUCUUAUCUAUCUUUUUCUCUUAUAGUAGAUAGAGAAGUACUAUUUCUGGUUUUGUUGCGUCUUGGGUGCUUCUUUUUUCAUGAAUAACUGUUUAUAUUCCUGAUGUAGCUUCUGAUAAUCUUAUUCUAUCCACAUUUCUAGCUCUGCAAUUAUUUCAUUGCUGAGCUUCAAAA